CUACCCCUCUUCGAGCUUCACCCAUCAUGCGCUCUCUCUCUCUUCAUAAGCUUCACUACUUUGUCUUGGUCAGCAUGAAGGUAGAGCAGAAGGAGAAGAAACAGAUCGGAAGCAAGUCAAAUGGUACCUCUUCUUCCUUGAGCUGAAAGCCAAGCACACACAAACUGGACGGAACAGGGUGGAGGUAAGAAGGAGAGAGAGAGAGAGAGAGAGAGAGAAGGAUGGCCGGAGAAGGAGCGGCCGCGGGGCCAAAGCAAGAUGACACACAGCCCCACCCGGUGAAGGACCAGCUGCCCGAUAUCUCCUACUGCAUCACCAGCCCUCCUCCAUGGCCUGAGGCUGUCCUUCUCGGGUUCCAACACUACCUCGUGAUGCUGGGAACCACGGUCAUCAUCCCCACCGCUCUCGUUCCGCAGAUGGGCGGAGGAAACGACGAGAAGGCCAGAGUGAUCCAAACAUUGCUGUUCGUGGCUGGGUUGAACACUCUGCUGCAAACCACAUUUGGAACUCGGUUGCCUGCCGUGAUCGGCGGCUCAUACACCUUCGUCGUGCCCACCAUCUCCAUCAUUCUGGCUGCUCGCUACAGUACCAUUGUGGAUCCCCAUCAGAGAUUCCUGCACAUCAUGAGGGGAACGCAGGGCGCUCUCAUAGUCUCUUCCACCAUCCAGAUCAUACUAGGCUUCAGUGGCCUAUGGCGUAUAGUCGUAAGACUACUGAGUCCUCUGUCAGCUGCUCCAUUGGUAGCUUUGGCUGGCUUCGGCCUCUACGAAUUCGGCUUUCCCGGAGUUGCCAAAUGUAUCGAAAUUGGACUCCCACAGCUCAUAAUUCUAGUAAUAUUCUCACAGUACAUACCUCAUCUAUUACACUCAAAGAAGCAUGUCUUCGACCGAUAUGCCGUCUUGUUCUCCAUCGCAAUCGUAUGGCUUUAUGCUUUCAUCCUCACGGUGGGAGGUGCGUAUAAGCAUGCAGCAGCAAAGACUCAACAGCAUUGUCGAACCGACCGUUCUGGCCUCAUUGCUUCAUCUCCAUGGAUAAGAGUACCAUAUCCCUUUCAAUGGGGAGCACCAACCUUCAACGGUGGCGAAGCUUUCGCCAUGAUGGCUGCUGCAUUCGUUGCUCUCGUAGAGGUCUGCUGCGUGCGUCACUUGUCAACCUCUCUUUCGCGAAUCUGCAUUAUCCAGCUAAUGUCGGAGAGACUUGCUCCUUCACCAUGCAGUCGACUGGUGCUUUCAUUGCGGUUUCAAGGUAUUCAAGUGCCACACCAGUGCCUCCUUCAAUACUUGGCCGUGGAGUUGGAUGGCAGGGCAUCGGGAUACUGUUGGAUGGGAUUUUUGGAACAGCGAAUGGAUCCACUGUGUCUGUGUAAGGCUGCAGAGAUCAACACAUCCAUGGUAGACAUGCUUUGGCCACUACUGAUCGCUACUACUUCCCAAUGCAGCGAAAACGCUGGAUUGAUAGCUUUGACACGGGUUGGAAGCCGAAGAGUAGUUCAAAUAUCUGCAGGAUUCAUGAUCUUCUUUUCUGUACUCGGAAAGUUCGGAGCCGUGUUUGCGUCGAUUCCCGGACCGAUAAUUGCAGCUCUGUACUGCCUCUUCUUUGCAUAUGUUGGUGUUGCAGGUCUCGGUCUCCUUCAAUUCUGCAACCUCAACAGCUUCAGGACAAAGUUCAUCCUGGGGUUCUCCGUGUUUAUGGGGCUAUCGGUUCCUCAAUACUUCAACGAGUACACUUCUGUUGCGGGUUAUGGACCUGCGCACACUGGCGCAAGAUGGUUCAAUGAUAUGGUGAACGUGGCGUUCUCCUCGGAAGCACUUGUAGCGGGCUUCGUGGCGUAUUUCUUGGACAACACACUGCAUAGAAACGAUACCACUGCGAGGAAGGACAGAGGAUACCAUUUCUGGGACAAGUUCAGAUCCUACAAGACUGAUCCCAGAAGCGAGGAAUUCUACUCGUUGCCGUUUAAUCUGAACAAGUUCUUCCCGGCGGACUGAACCGCGAAGGCCACGCCCGGUGUUCUGUAAUAAUGCUCGGACAGAUACCGGUUCUUCCGCUGUCUCUGGGCCUUUUUAGGCUGCAGAUGGAAUUGGAUUGGGUGUCCUGCAAGGAGACAAACAAAGGUUUAUCACAGUUUGCGAGGUCCAAUUCCAUGACUGCAAACAAUUCCAUUUACUCAUCA